CGCCCAAACACUUCUCUCCACUCACCUGCUGAAACAGUGAAUGCUCUCUCUCUCUCUCUAUCUCUCUCUCUCUUUCAAGCAGGAAAGACAUACACACACUCAUCUGAGAUCCUUGGUGGUUCUCAUUUCCCUUCUCAUCUCCGUGAGCACCUGACAUUGAGGGAGCUUGUUCCCUCUCACUUCCAGAGGUCAAUAUUCCGGCUUGUGGUGAGAGCUCCGCGCUGGCGGCCCAGCCCCUUUCCCGCUUCAGCCUGGGACGGAAGACCCUGCUGGGGGCUGGCGUGGCCGUCAUGCUGCUCUUGGUACUGGUGGUCCUCAUUCCUGUUUUGGUUCACGUGGCAGGCAGCAGCGAAAACGGAGGUCAGUACGAGAUGCUGGGCACUUGCCGAAUGGUCUGCGAUCCGUUCUUGGAAAAAACUGGCACUACGGCUGGUAUCGGUACGGGAACAGCUAUCACUAAUACGCAACUGGAAGCCGAGGCACUGACUGAUCAUAGCAUGGGACCUCCGUUGCCGACCUAUGCCCACGGACCACAGGGCAAACCCGGCCGGCAAGGGAAACCAGGGCUACCGGGACCUCCAGGACCCCCGGGACCACCUGGAGAGCCUGGUCCUCCAGGACCAAUGGGGCCACCGGGAAAUAAAAACCACACAGAGCGACCAGAGAUCUUCGCUCUGGGUGGAAGAACAGCUACCGGAAUGGGCACAGCGGUUUAUACCAUGGGACCCCGCGUGGCCUUCUACGCAGGUCUGCGAAACCCGCAGGAGGGCUAUGAGGUUCUGAGGUUUGACGACGUAGUUACAAACAUUGGGAAUAACUACGAUGGAUCGACUGGGAAAUUUGUGUGCAAGGUUCCAGGAACGUACUUCUUCACAUACAACGUCCUCAUGAGAGGAGGGGAUGGAACCAGUAUGUGGGCAGAUCUUCUGAAAAAUGGACAGGUGAGAGCCAGUGCCAUCGCCCAGGAUCAGGAUCAGAGUUAUGACUACGCUUCAAACACGGUCAUCCUACACCUGGACCCUGGGGACGAGAUCUUCAUCAAGCUGGACGGUGGGAAGGCACACGGCGGAAACAGCAACAAGUACAGCACUUUCGCUGGCUUCAUUCUGUACAGUGAUUAGAGGUCAAGAGGUCACUG